CGGGAGCCCUCCAUGUAGAUAUUUCUAGCAUAAUUAGGAGCUAAAAGGAUGGGUUGGGGAUCAAAGCUAAAUCGUGGCUGUUCUUGAACAACAGCCGUUAUUACCUUAAAGAGGACUGAGUACCUACCUACAUAGUUGGCACAGCUUCAAAGGACCAAACCCAACGACUAUUUGGUCAUAUUUAAAUCAAAGUAUCCGAACCAUUGGACGAAAGGCCGCGAUGCAACGACCCCCCACGGCACGGUUAACGGCAAAUAAAGACCCAAAGUCAAGUGAGCCGGCAACACCAACGAAGCCACCAUGGAUAAUCGUCCAACCAUCGCCAUCAAUCGGCGCCGCAACCGCGUCGCCUCCAAGAUCCGCAACCCCGCCAACACUUCCCGCUUCACCAUCAACCACAACAUCCGGCCCUUCCUUAACAAGCUCCGGGAGGAGGCGGAAUUCAAAUCCAAAGCGGAUGCGGUCAGAUGGCUCAAGUCGGACGAGGUGUUCCCCUACUGGCGCGAGUUCAAGCGGGACUGUCUGCAGUACCUGCCGCAGAUUAGAGCCAAGUUCUCGUACCACAGCCCGGUGACGCGCCGGUACAGACUGUGCGUGUUACGUGCCCGGGGGCUCCUGUCGAGCCGAGCCGUCAGCCGAGUGCUAGGCGACGAGCGCCUGGCCAAGAAGCUGCGGCGGUCCGUCAGCAACAAGACCAAGUGGUCCUUCAACUGCCACGUCGCCUGGUUUGUGUCCCGGGUCUACUAUAGGUGCUGGGAGGCGAAGAGGGACGCGGGGACUCUGUACCCGCCGGCGUACUGGGCGGGGUCGGCUGACGAUGGGCAGCAGCCGUGGCGGUGGGUCGAGGUGCUGGCGGAUGUGCUGAUGACCCUGUCGAUGAUCGAAGAGCGGCAGCCGGGGUGGGGCGAGGUGUUCGGUGAGGAGGAGGAUUAAGAGAGCGAGGGGGGCGAAACGGGGCUUUGGACCAGGGGCUUUGGACCAGGGGCUUUGUUGUUGGUGCUCGCCGUUUUGUACUCACGCUGGGCGGCCGACCUCCCUGAAUAUAUCCUGCGUUGUGAACUAUGAUUACGAUGAUUACACGAAGUGCUUGUUGCUGCUGUUAGCUAUUUCUAACACCAGCUUCUCGGACAACGUCAGGACAACGAAGGGAAAAUGGAAACGGAAUUGGGAUUGGAUUGGGUACCGAGGUACCUAUGAUCUGCUCGCAGCUGAGUAGAAAGUAACUCGGUACCCCCUGAAUCGUUCCGGACGGAUGUUGGGUGUUGGGCGAGGCCGCUCGGUUGUGUCAUGCAUGGUAGUUGACUGUGUCAUGAUUCUACCUUUACCG